AUGUUAAUGGGGGUGGCAAUGGGAGCCAGUGAAGAUAAGGAUAAGAAGGGGAAUUAUAUAAAAUCGACAUCGUUGUUGACAUGUAUGGAAGAUUCAUUAUUUACGGCGUCGCAUUUUGAUGUGGUGUUUUAUCCAGAUAGUGGUAAAGUUUAUUUCGAUGUUACCGCUAUUUCGAAUAUUGAUGGUAAGAUUGCAGCACAGGUCGAUGUUAUUGCGUACGGACUUAACGUCUUGACCCAUAAUAUCUCGUUCUGUGACUUGGGUUUUGAAACUAUCUGUCCAUUAACAAGUGGACAUAUGGAAUUGAACUCAAACUACAAGCUCAGUUCAUCUAUCACAAAGCAGAUCCCUGGAGUAGCGUAUACUAUUCCUGAUUUGGAUGCCAGAGUUAGGGUGGUUGUGUAUGAUGCCCUGGAUUCGUCGAAAGAAUAUGCUUGUGUUGAAGCAGUAUUGAGUAAUGGUAAGACUGUUCAAACUAAGUAUGCUGCAUGGCCUAUUGCCGCUAUUUCAGGUUUGGGGGUCAUUACUUCUGGUGUUGUUUCGAUUAUUGGCCAUUCGAACACUGCGGCCCACAUUGCUUCAAACUCGAUGUCUUUAUUCGUCUAUUUCCAAUCAUUGGCUAUAACAUCUAUGAUGGCGGUCGCAAAGGUUCCACCAAUUGCAGCUGCAUGGGCCCAAAAUUUCCAAUGGUCUCUAGGUAUUAUUAAAGUUGGAUUUGUCCAAAGCAUUGCAAAUUGGUAUAUGCAAGCAACAGGUGGUACUCCAACCGAUAUACUUGCAUCGUCGUAUUUGUCAAUUUCUGUUCAAAAGAAUAAAUUUAAGAGGUCAGCAGAGUAUUUCAUGAGAAACUUAUAUGACAAACAAAGAACUAAUAAUCAUUUAACCCUCUUCAAGAGAGCUAGUAUUUCCCUUGAUUCGGAUGAUUUUGGUUACAGUGAUACUUUGGACUCCUCAUUAUAUUCGGUCAAUGAAAAGGAUGAUGAUUUAACUUCAAAGAUUUUAGUUUUAAGAGGUAUUCAAAGAAUUUCUUAUUUGGCUGGCAUUGAAAUUACCAGUUUGUUCAUGACAAGUAUUAUGUUCUUAUUGUUCGUCGCCUUUGUUUUGGUUGUCUGUAUAUCUGCAUUCAAGGCUAUUAUGGAAAUUUGUAUUCGUGCUAAAUUUAUAAAUGAAGGAAAAUUUAAUGAAUAUAGACAGCAAUGGCGCUAUAUCAUUAAAGGAUCCCUUUAUAGAUUACUUUUGAUUGCAUUCCCACAAUUAUCUGUAAUGUGCCUCUGGGAAUUUACAACACAUGAUUCUGGUGGAACUGUCGUUGUUGCCGUUUUCUUGUUAGCAGUAGUUUUGAUCUUGUUGAUUCAAGCAGCCAUAAGGGUCUACUUAUUAGGUAGAAGAUCUGUCAGACAAUUUAAGAAUGCGGCAUACUUAUUAUAUGGUGAUAAUAAAUUCCUUAAUAAGUUCGGUUUUGUUUAUGUUCACUUCCGUGCUGAUUGUUAUUACUUCGUGAUGAUCAAUUUGAUUUACAUCUUCUUGAAAUCAUUGUUUGUUGCAGUUAUGCAAAGACAAGGAAAGCCUCAAUCAGUUAUCGUCUUUGCCAUUGAGCUCGUCUACUGUAUCCUUUUAUGUUGGAUUAGACCAUUUAUGGAUAAGAGAACGAAUGCAUUUAACAUUACUAUUUCAGUCAUUAACGCUAUCAAUGCACUCUUCUUUAUGUUCUUUUCGUACAUAUUCAAACAGCCACAUAUUGUUGCUUCUGUUAUGGCUAUUGUUUAUUUCAUAUUGAAUGCUGUAUUUGCCUUGUUCUUAUUAUUAUUUACCAUCGUUACAUGUGUUUUAGCUUUGGUAUAUAAGAACCCUGAUACAAGAUAUCAACCAAUGAAGGAUGACAGAGUUUCAUUCUUGCCAAGGUUUGACCGUAAGAGUAAAGGAGAGCAAGAUAUGAAUAAAGUUCCGCAAGACGGAGAUGAUAUGGAAUUAAUGGCCUUGGGUGCAACAGCUAUGAGAGGACAUGAGAAUGGUGGUAAGCCAGCUAUCUAUGAUGAAGAGGAAUCUGUAUAUGAUGAGGAUGCCUUUUCAGAACAGAAUAACAAGCAUCAAAAUGCUUUCAAUUCUAACCUGUUCUCUGAUAGUGGAGGUAAUAGAGAUUCCUAUUAUUUAGAAUCAAUUGAGCCAACUCAGCCAACGUCAACUAUUGUUGGUAAUCCAAACAGUGCUAUGGGUAAGUAUAAUACUGCCUAUGGCAAGAAUGUUGACCAUGGAAAUGGGAAUAGAGUGAACUUCAUAUGA